AUGAACCGUCAGGCUUAUUUCUAUCGUGUUCCUCCCCAGGAAUUGCACCGAAGAAGCCAACUUCAGCCAGAGCCAGCCAAGACGAAGGCUCUCCAGACUGUCAUUGAAAUGAAGGACACAAAAAUCGCUUCAUUGGAGCGAAACAUAAGGGAUCUUGAGGAUGAGAUCCAGAUGUUAAAAGCCAAUGGUGUGCUGAACACUGAGGACCGUGAAGAAGAGAUCAAACAAAUUGAGGUUUACAAAAGUCACUCCAAGUUUAUGAAGACCAAGAUCGAUCAGCUGAAGCAGGAACUUUCAAAGAAGGAGUCAGAACUUCUUGCCUUACAAACAAAGCUUGAAACUCUUAGCAAUCAAAAUUCAGAUUGCAAGCAACACAUUGAAGUGCUCAAAGAGUCGCUUACUGCCAAAGAACAGAGGGCUGCCAUCCUUCAGACUGAGGUAGAUGCACUGAGAUUACGACUGGAAGAAAAAGAAUCUUUCCUCAAUAAAAAAACAAAACAGCUGCAGGACCUCACGGAAGAGAAGGGGACACUGGCCGGUGAGAUUCGUGACAUGAAAGAUAUGUUAGAAGUGAAGGAAAGAAAAAUUAAUGUUCUUCAGAAAAAGAUUGAAAACUUGCAAGAACAACUUAGGGAUAAAGACAAGCAACUGACCAACCUGAAAGACAGAGUGAAGUCCUUGCAAACAGAUUCCAGUAAUACAGACACUGCACUGGCAACGCUAGAGGAAGCUCUGUCAGAGAAGGAGAGAAUAAUUGAGCGCUUGAAAGAACAGCGAGAAAGAGAUGAUCGGGAAAGACUAGAAGAGAUAGAAUCCUUCCGAAAAGAGAACAAAGACCUGAAAGAGAAGGUCAAUGCUUUACAAGCUGAACUGACUGAAAAAGAGUCUAGUUUAAUUGACCUCAAAGAACAUGCAUCUUCAUUAGCCUCUGCAGGACUGAAAAGGGAUUCCAAAUUAAAAUCUCUAGAAAUAGCCAUUGAACAAAAGAAAGAGGAAUGUAGCAAAUUGGAAGCACAGUUAAAAAAGUUUAAGUAA